GAGAGGGCGGUGAUGUGUAUUGAGAGAGUGGUGGGUAUGUUGAUGGUGAUGGUGGUGAUAGUUUAAGUGUAAACUCGAAAGUGAAAGUGGUUCUCUUGUUGAUUGGGGAAAAAUUGAGAUAAAUUUUCUCGAUAAACUUGGAAGCCGCGUUUCGAAAUCUUAGUUUUCGUUUUUUCUCUCUCUCUCUCUUCUUUCAGGGAAUUAAUUAUCGUACGGACAUAAUCCAUUUGGACUCGAUUAGUGUACGGAUUGGAUUAAUCGGAUUUUCUGUUUCGUCAAACCCAAAAUCCAUUGGAAAAGUUAACUAAUUGUGAUUGUGAUUAAACUCGAUCAUGGGAGCUAAUUAACCUUAAUUUGGAACGAAAAACAGGGAAACAAUUUGAAAGAGUAAAAAAAAACGAAAGAGAAAAAAGAGAAGAAAAAAAAACACCAACAAGAAGAUUCGAAAUCGUAAACAACACAAUUCAACCGUAAAUCGACAAAUCGACAAAUCGACGAAUCAAGUGUUCUAACGAUGUAUUCGGGAAUGAUGAACCAUUUGGAUUACUACCUGUUACAGAAACCAAUUCAUCCAUGUAAAAUGUUGUCUUCUGGUCCAGUAAAUGGGUCAUUUUUUGAAGUGACCAGGGGAUUCAUUCAAUCGGUGAACACCAUGGAAUCAACUGUUCUUGUACCAACCCUGUUGAAGGAUAUUAAUCUUGAAGGUGUUUCUUGGGUUCCGAGUUUGAUGGUUAAAUGUAAUUAUCGUCAAUUGUUUGAAAUCUAUUGUGCAAUUAAAAAGUGUAAAAAUUAUUUCACUGAAGUGGAAAUCGAUGAGGUUGAUAAGAUGACCAGUAAUAGAAGAUCAAUUAAGACCAACAACAAUUUGACCGACGAUAAAACAACAACAACAACAACAAUAGAUGAAAAUCCUUUACUUGUUUACGCCAUCGAAUCUGGUAUUGGCUAUUUAUCACCUGAUUAUGUUAUUAAUUAUUGUCAACAAUUGGAUCAAUCAAAGGUACCGGAUGUACCCUCUCCAUCACCUUCUACGACAACCUUAUCUUCAUCAUCAAAUGCCAAUUCUACAGGAAGUAAUCGGAAACAGAAAAUCUCACUAGAUUCAGGUAAUUGGAGCAGCAGAGGAUCAGAUUCAGUUGAUGAUGAUUUUGAUUUUGAUUCAACUGGUAACGCGAUCAACGGUUCAACCGUAACUCCAUCGCCGUCAUCGACAACAGCGACAGGGACAACAGCAAAUGGAAAUCUAAUCAAUUGUUUAAUUAAUUCACAAGUUAAUCAUCAUGAUGAAAUGACCAACAAUCUACACAGUGAAUCGGAUCAACAACAACCUUUGACAACACUAUUAAACGCUACCUCGACCUACCUUCGUAACCUGAAGGCGCUUUUCAAUCACCUGAAGGAAGUAGCUGAUUUUGUUACCCAACAAUAUCUUCAAGCACUUCAACUCAUUUAAUUAACUGAUUAUCGUGGUUUCGCUCAAUAGCAACGUCGUUACAAUAAUUGUCCAUGACUUCAACUAUUUCGUUUUAAUUUUCUUCUUUCUCUUCAUGUAAUUACAAUUUAAUUACAAUACCACAAUCAUUAACAUUUCA